AUGGGGUCCAUCACCAGAGAUGAAGAUGUAGCAGUAGCCUGCCCGCACCCGCUUAAGAUCUUUGAUGCUGCGAGGAGGCAGGACAGGUUUUUGUAUGCCUGUGCGCCGAUGGUGCGCUACAGCAAGCUUGCCUUUCGCCAAACUGUUCACAAAUAUGGCGUUGACUUAUGCUGGACACCCAUGAUUCUGGCCAAGGAGUUCAACAGGAAUCAAUUUGCCAGAGAUAGCGACUUCACAAUCAACACCACAGGCAUCCAGCCUCCCACCAUUGUCCAAUUCGGCGCCAACGACCCCCAGGAACUCGCUCGCGCGUCCACCCUCGUCGCACCCUUUGUCUCGGGCGUCGAUCUCAACUGCGGAUGUCCUCAGUCGUGGGCCUGUGCCGAGACGCUCGGCGCCGCGCUCAUGAAUGAGAGAGAGCGGGUGCGCGACAUGGUCGUUGAGACGAGGCAGUAUCUGGAGAGGGACGGAUGGGGCGUCAAGAUGGAGGAGGACAUGCACAGUCCGAAAGGACGCAGCAACCGCCUCGUCGACUGGGUCACCAUCCACCCUCGAACACGCCACACGCCCUCCACCACGCCCAUCCGCACCGAAGCCCUCGAGAUCCUCACGGAAAAGUACUCCCGCACACUCCCCAUCCUCCUCUCCGGCGACGUCUUCGAUCUCGCAACCCUCCCCAUCAAAUCCACCGCCAACAUGCCCGACCUCGCAACCCUCACCGUCAAACAAGACCCCCAGGAUACACGCACUUCCGCCACAACACAACCAAGGCCCAGCAACACAAAUCUCUCCGGCUUCAUGUCCGCCCGCGGGCUCCUUGCCAACCCGGCCCUCUUCGCCGGCCACUCCUCCUGCCCCUGGGAAACGCUCGAGACGUUCAUGUGCAACGUCGCGCGGUGCCCGCUGCCCCUGAAGCUGGUGGUGCAUCACGUACAGGAGAUGUGUGCUCCUGGAAUGGGCGGCGACAAGUCUGCGCUGCUGAACAAGAAGGAGAGGGCGAGGCUGGUGGAGUUUACAAAUAUGGCGGAUUUGAUUGAUUUCUUGGAUGACAAGAUGGAGGAAUAUACGGGGCAGAAGGGAGGAAUGAGAAGAGACUUAUAGAAUGUCCGAAUAUCUAAUACAAUUAGUCAAAUAAAUCACUUGGAAUAAAAAAAAAUGAAUGAUGAAUGAUGAGUAAAAUAGAAAAAAGUUCGUCUCUCCUUGGUAUUCGUUUGAUUCAAACAUACGCUUCUUCGACUCUUAUGAAACAUGUAUAGAGCAAGAUAUAAAAACUAGAAAACAACACCCACUCUGUUCAAAUCAGUUAUAAGCCGGUCAAGAUACCCUGUAUGCCCAUAGACCCCGAAUCGUCUCGCUUCUGCACAAACGCCUUGAAAUCCGCCUUGGACAGCUUCCCCCUCACCGAGCUCGACCCCGGCGCCAGCGUCCUCACCUUCUCCCUCAGCGCCUCCGGCCCGACAAUGAACAGCGAUCCAAUCUCCGUAAGCAUCUCAAUCGCCGUCUCCACGUCCUUGGCCAGCGGCCAUGCCCGCAGCGUGGCAACGUACUUUGCAAUGUCCUGCGUGACCAUCAGACCACCCGUGGCAUUGACCUGGAACCGCUUGAAGUGGUCAAAGAGUUGCGCGUGGAGCACGAGGCCGAGCUCACUAAAGAACUUUUCCGCGUUGUGCCCGUCAAUGGCCUGGCUUGCGUGUUGGCUCGCCCGUGCGAGGAACUGGCAGAUGUGCAGACAUGUACCGGUCUGGAGCGAUUCCAGCUCACCAUCCUUGGGCCUAAAGUCCUGCUUUUUCUGUGUGCCUAGCGAUUUGAUGACCCAAUUUACAAUGACAUCGAUGGAUACUUUCAUAAUGGCGUUGGUCUUCUUUUCGAUGGCGUCAAUAGCCAUUUUCUUCUGGGCUUCCAUGCUCUUGCGUACAGUCGUGUUGGAUUCAGCGAGUCGAAUGAGCACGGUGCUGAUGAAGCGUUCCAUGAGAGCCGAGAUUGUCACACCAGGCCGGAUAGGUGGUAAAUAAGACAUGUCUGGCUCCGUCUUUGUAUUCUCUAGGACGGUGGCCUGGAAGUGUGCUGCGUCCAGCGCAGUGUCGAUGUAAACUUGGCCCAUGUUUGUGAGCAGCAAGUUUAGCAGGAUGUUGACGUCUUUCGGUGUGUCGAGUUGAGAUCCUAGCUCGAGGACUCUCUGGACGCUCUCCGCCAUCCAUUUCAACAUCCUCUUGGCAUUUGCCACGCUAAGUAUUCCAUCUUCGUCUGAUACUUCAAUCUCGUUCUUGUCCUCUCUGUCUCCCUUGUCCUGAAGGCCAGCAACUCGCAGCAUCAUCGCUUUUUGCGUCUCCGACAGCUCAGAAGAUUCGAGUCGCUCGAGAUACGCGUCCUUGGCAGAUUGUAUGAGUUGCGUGCCUUGUUGGGCCAAUGAAGCCAUAAACCCGGAUGGCGCCUUCUUACGCCUUGAGUGGAAUAUGCUAAACUUGAAAAGCAAAGAGCCGUAGAGUUCUUCCAAGCUCUUCCUUUCUCGCUCAAUAUAGACACUACCCACAAGAAAAGGGACAAAGAGCUCGUCCAACUGCUGGUCUAGAGCUUGUGCAAUUUGCGCCGAGCAAGGCUCUGGGUGCUCAGUCAGGCCGUGCAUCUUCAAAUCUUCCACUAGAGAGCCGAUAUAACUCCUGGACGAGUGCAAGGAUCUCAAAAAUGCCAGUAUUGAGACCGAUUCGGCUUUGUCUAGAACCUUCUCCAACCGCUGCUGUAUAGACUG